GGAGUGCUGCUGCAAGAUGGAGUCGCGGAGUAAAGUGGAACAUGAGAUGAGUUUGGCAGCCCUGCGCCGCUCGGACCCGUACAUCAGAGGCAUUGUAGAUGUCACCGGGCAGGUGGCCCUGUACAGCUUCAGUGCUAAGGCCAAUGAGUGGGAGAAGACUGACAUAGAAGGGACCUUAUUUGUGUAUACAAGGUCAGCAUCUCCGCAACAUGGCUUUACGAUAAUGAACCGCCUUAACAUGCACAAUUUGGUGGAACCCGUCAACAAAGAUCUAGAAUUUCAGCUUCAUGAACCUUUCUUGCUGUACCGGAACUCAAGUUUGUCCAUUUACAGUAUCUGGUUUUAUGACAAGAAUGACUGCCAGAGGAUUGCAAAGCUGAUGACCCAAGUGGUACAGCAGGAGACUGCAAGGGCAACAAAUCGAAAAAGUCCAGUUAAUGGAUGCAGAUCCCAGCCCAUAGAUAUCUUGGAGAUGCUGAGCAAGGCUAAGAAUGAGUACGAAAAGGGUCAAGGGAAUGAUCAAAGUUCUGACUUCAGCGCAGUGAAGAACUCUCCUCUAGUGAAGGCAGACAGUUUGGAAAUAACAGAACAUGGAUCCUCUGGUCCUCAGGAGAAAGCCUUCCAAACUGUGCAAAAACACUUGACAGUUGAAGAACUGUUUGGAACUUCAUUGACAAAAGAUCCACCAGUGAUUGCCUACACUAACUUUGAAGUUUGUGAUCCCUUCCUACCAGACUUAGGUGAGCACAACACUAUCCUGCAGCCAAAGACCAUCCAGCCGGUGGUAGUGAAAGCAGAGUCGAGAAGUUUUAAUUGUAGUGCCAGCGAUUUUAGUCACCCAAAUUGCCUUCCUCCAUCAUUAAUUUCUCAAGGUCCAGUGGACUCUCAGAACGUUGGUACAUUUCCUGCAAGUAUUAGUCCCAGUCUUGGAUCAUCAUCUGAAGUUCUAGGCACGUCCGUUUCACAUGGACCCAGUAUUGCACACCUUAGCCGAAUGUCCCCUCUUAUGAGCCAAUCGGUAUCGGAUGUUGUCAGCGCUCCCCAUGGUCAGCCGCUCAUUCCGCCUUUAGUCCCGAUCCGCAGUAGCAGCUUUUCCAGUUCAACUCAUCCAAGCAUGGAUCUUCUACAAAAGUUAAAACUAACUCCUCAGACUGACUCAUUGCAGUCUCAGCCCAUCAGCAAGGCCACCAUAGCUCCCAAGUUCUCCAGUACUGGCAGUCAGCUGGCAACACCUGAGAGUUUCAAAGAAAGCUCCCUGAAAUCAGUGUCAUCUGGACCUCUAUUAACAUCUCUUCAGAAUGCUCAUGAAAAGAGGGAACCUGAAUCGUUUGCCCAGCCUUUGGGUGUAUCUAAGGUGGUAGCUGCUUCCCAGUAUGCUGCACAUACAAGUAAUGAAGCUGUCCUGUGGUCUCCCAGCGUGUUUCAGCAACCCCCUCCUAAGUAUACUGGCCAAGCUGAUCGGACAGCGACUCCACCUCUGAUACAUCACAGUACCGACCGGGCGAGACCCUGCCCUGCCCUUAGUCGCACUCAGCUCCAGGAAACCCUACUACACCUUCUGAAGAAUGACUCCAGCUUUCUCAAUACAGUUCACGAAGCUUAUUUACAAGUGCUUACCAAAAGUAUGGAAAAUGUCAAACUUUAAAAGAAGUAAAGUGAUGGUAACUCCAUCUUCACCACAAACCUACAACCAAAACAAUGCAAAGCCUCUGGUGACAGAAGGAACAUUUGAUUUAUAUGGUUAUGAUGUCAAUUUGCAUGGACUGG